AGUUACAUGUGAAACGGCGCCCGUUCGAAAUUCGAACCCCUGACGUAUCCAUCCUUUCGCCGGACGUCGAACAUCGUCCUCUGGCAAAUCUUCUAGCUCGCAGCGGCGACGGUGCGUCAGUGUCGAAUUCGCCAUGAAGUCGGAAGAGAUUUGGAACUCAAUCAAGGACGAACUGCUCGCGCUGAGCGUGCAGGACGUGUACAUGAUCCUGAACGUCGUGUGCCUCCUUGUGUUUGUGUAUUACUUGGCCUGCAUCCUGCUCGGUGUCGCCCCCAAGGAAAAGAAACCCGACCCGACGAUCCUCAAAGCGUACGCAUUCAGCCACUGGUGGCUCUGGACCCUGCUCGGAGUGGCCAACGUGAGCCAGCGCGUGUUUGGCGUCACGAUGUUUGCCAUCCCGGUCGAUAAACUCAAGGAACUCGUCCGAGCAACACCGAAAGAGGCCGAAGAGUUCUUUGGUGACCCCGCUACUACCAUUGAGCUCUUCGACGCCGUCAUCGACGACCUCGCAAAAUCCCCGACGUUGUCCCCUUAUGGUCGUUACAUGGUGACCAAGGACCUGAUGGCGUCGCUGUUGGCCCGGAAGGCGUUCAUGGAGUACGUUGUGGAGCACCCCGACGUUCUCCAAGAAAAGAUCGAAGCGCCCAUUGUCCUUACCGGCUUGCCGCGCACUGGACAGCAUUUGUUGUACAACCUCUUGGCCCUUGACCCGACUCUCCGUGCGCCGCGCCAUUACGAGUCGGAAGCGAUGGCAUACUCCCCCGUGGCCCCUCCCAAAGCUGGUGCUGUCGAUUCGGCGCACAUCUGGCAUAACCGCAGCUACCACGGAUGGCAGAGCACGUACCGGUUGACGCCGGAAUUGUACGAGUCCCUCGUGGCGGUUCAAUACAUGGACCCCAUUAGCUUCUGCGACGACAGCGUCAUCGGCCAGCAUGUCAUGCCGUCUCCGUUUUAUGCAGCGGUCCUUGGGGAUGCCGCGCGGCGACGGCUUCUCGCGCUGCCCAACUCGUCCAACGUGUACGGGUACCUUCGCCGGUACUUGCAAAUGCUGCAAACAAACCAAAACUCGACAUCGUCGGACGAAGCGACCGUGGAAAAAGCUGUCGAUACCCCCUCGGACAAAGAUGUUUUGAAGGAUGUAGCCAACGAACCGGCCAACCCGUCGACGACGCCGUCGACCUCGAUUGAAACGUCAUGGCUGCUCAAGGCGCCAUUUCACGCUUCGCACCUUCCUCAGUUGCGGGUCGCGUUCCCGGAUGCCCGCGUGGUGGUCCUGCACCGCCCGAUGACCGAAGUCGUGCCGUCGAGUGCCACGCAUUUGCUGCGUGCCAUGCACCCUGCGUUGAAAGGCAAAGCACUGGACAAGAAGCACGUGGGCCGCGUCGCGCUGGACCUGUGCAGCGAAAAGGCAGCAGCCUUGCACGAUGCCCGAUCGUCCAAGUCCAUGGAUGUUAUCGAUGUCACGUACGAAGAACUCGUGGCGGACCCGAUUCAAGUCGUCAAGUCGUUGUACGCCAAGUGGAACAAGGACGUCACGGACGAGUUUGUGGAGAAAAUGCAAGCGUACUUGUCGGACAAACCCAAGGGCAAGUACGGAGAGCUCAAGUAUUCGCUCGAAGAGUUUGGCCUCACCCCUCUCUUCGUCGACUCGAUCUUUGCCAAAUACACGACCAACGGCCCCGAUUACCGCGGCCACACGGAUCUCCCUGAAGCGCCAAGCUCCCCCUUGAUUCAAACUGCUUAGAUCUCGUGGAUGUCGUACCAGCGACACUCAAUAAAACAUCCUGCCGUGUAUUGCAAGU